AUGACCGCGAUAGCCACCACAAUCCAGCCCGACGCCCUCAGACCCACCACGAGCACAAUCCGUCGAAAGCCAUUGAUCACCUACAAGUCACCCUCAGGCCCAAACUUUGGUCCUUUUAUCCAGCCCUUCCCCCGCCGAUCCGUCUCUUCCCCGUCCUCGUCGUCAUCCACCUCCAGCAGUUCCCCAACGCCUCCCAAACAGUCGGUACUGUCCACAAACUCUCACCACCUGCAGUACAGACCCCACCCACCAAACCUAUACGACCCCAACCUCCCUCUGUACCACCCCAACGGGCGCCUGGCCCUCUCCCUUCCCCCACUCAACGCAGCCAAUUACGGCCUCCCCAUUCUCCAGGUCGAAACGUCGCCCUCUGCAUCCUCGUCGUCCAUCUCUCCCGCAGGUCCCAAUGCCGCCGAAUCAGGCGUCAACUCCAUUCAAAGAAGUCGGUCUGGUCGGAUCAUUCGGGCCGCGUCCAACCCUUUGAUUCAGCGUGCCGACUCUGCCGAACUCUCUGUACCAGGGAUCAGCUCGAUUGCAGCUGUAGCAGCGAGGGAAAUCAAAGACAAAGCCAGCUGCGGUAGUGGCGCUGAGGCUAAAGAGAAGGCGAGUCCGAAGAAGAGAAGAUUUGGCGGGAAGAGGAAGCGGAAGAGUCCUGAAGACGCGGACGCGACUUAUCCUGCGAAACGCACACGGGCUCCUCGUGGAGGCGCUCACAGCGCUGCAGCUGACGACGACCACGAUGGCGAUAGCGCCAUGCACGGUGGCAACUCUGGAUCGGACAAUGACGCGUUCGAGGCUCCCAUUAUUCGCACCACUCGCUCAAGAACGAACGCUAAGCGUCGUGACAUCAGCGAGACACCUUCCUCAGACAACAACACUACUGUCCCAGUAACCACAUCUUCUUCACUUCCACCCACAGCCCGCAUCGUCGAAGAAGUUAACAGCACACAAACGGAGGAACAACAAACAAGUAGCGAACCGGUCCAAGAACCACAGCCUCAAGAAAGUGUCGCCCCGCCAGUGGUGACCGAUACCAAGCCUGACACUAACAUCACCGACAGCACCGAAUCUCCUCCAGUGGAGAAGGAAGAAGGUGAAUUAAGCGACGAUAGCUAA